AUGAGUAACAAGAGAAGUAGAGGGGACAUGGAAGAUAUCAGCAUAGCAAACAUGGUAAAGUUCUUGAUGUUAUUAUCACGUAAUCAAGGAGAUCAUGUCGAUUAUCAAUCCAGUCGUGUUUUCGAGUGCAAAACAUGCAAUAGACAGUUUCCAUCAUUUCAAGCAUUAGGAGGACGUAGAGCGAGACACAAGAAACCAAAAUUAAUGGAUCCAACAACGUUAGAUGAUCAGAGUAAUAGUAGUAACCAGCAACAAGCAGUAAAACCAAAGAUCCACGAGUGUUCAAUUUGUGGGUUACAGUUUUCUAUCGGACAGGCCUUAGGUGGGCAUAUCAGAAGACAGAGAGCUGCCAUGCUUGAAUCCUCAUUCACAACAGCAGCAGGAUUUUCAUCCUCUUCAUCUGAUGUUACAACCGAUGAUACUACUCCAAAACAAGUACCGGUAUUCAAGAGAUCGAAUAGCAGCAGAAGAACUCUGGGUCUGAACUUGGAUUUGAAAAUUACCAAGUCGGUGUGGGACGUGAGCUUUAUGCACGCAUGA